AUGUGGAUUGUAUCUUUUAUAUUCGAUGAUGAAGCAGAAAAGUCUCACAAAGUAUGCAAGGCACUCCAAUAUGGGGUCGAAUACUCAAUUGGAAGAUCCGCAAAAUGUACUUUUAGGAUACAAACGGAUAAAAGUAUUUCUCGUGUUCAUUUACUGAUAAAAUUUGAUGGAAGUGACCUUAUAAUAACAAAUAAGGGUAAACUUACAAAGUUUAAUGAAGAAAUAAUUCCCUUAGAUGAGACCAUUGUGGUACACAAUCAGAAUACAGUGAUAAAUAUUGGAGGUAUGCCAAUCGAUGUUAAUGUACGAUAUUUCUACGAAGAAUGGAAGAUACCACACAGAUUAGAACUGAAUGAAACAAAAUCACUGGUUUCAGAUUUUGGUGUGAAGCUUUCUGAAUCCUUCUCUAAGAAAACCACAACACAAAUAUGUUCAGAUAGUUCAAGCUACAGCGGUUGUUUAUUUGCUUUACUUAAAGGUGUUCCUGUUGUAAGUAUCGAGUUUUUGAACCAAAUGGGCAAAUUGUUACAACAAGGAAACUAUUUAGAUUUUCAGUCAAUGUACCAAGGCCUUUUGAAUCGCCACAAAUUAUUUCCAUCUUAUAGAUACGUUCCUAAUGUGCUAUCAAACAUGACUUUGAUUGUUUUCGAGCAAAAAAUGUAUGAUACAUUGCGUUAUACCAUUGAAGUGGGAGGCGGAGAUGCAAAGUUAUUAGCCAACUCUUCAGAGUUAGAUAAGUUUCUAUCAACUAACCAUGAGCCUGCCGUUGUGCUUGGCUCCAGUAUAUCACAGAAAAUGAAUUCAGAAAGCACAAAACUUUUAGAGGAAUUUGACAAGUCUAUUGCCGAAACCUCACUACGACAUGGUGUGAAAUUGCUUAAUAUCAAUCAAUUUGUCAACAUAUUACUUGAGAAUAAGAUAAAUGGCUUAAAAAAGAGGGACGUUGUAGAUUUGACAUCUCCCUCUCCAGUACAGCAGAAAAAGAUUCAAUCAGCCAAAGCUUCUGUGAAUGGUAAGAAGACAAAAUCUAAACCGAAUAUCCAAUCAUUGGACAGUUUAAACUUUUUUGGCGGUGGCAACUUGGAAGUUACCCAAAAUGAAGAAAAGCAUGAACCAGUUAUUUCCCACACUUCAGAAAGUAAGGUUAAAGUUAAAGAAGAAAGCAAAGCUUUUGUCCCUUAUAAUGAUAAUCAGGACCUUGACACUUCGGCCAACGGUAAUACAAAAACUCUACCUUCUUACAUCACUAACAAAAGUUCUUUAGGUGGUAUGUCCACAGAACCAGCAAACCAACCCCAUACUUCUACAAAAAAAGAUGAUAGAACUGAACUUCAAAAAGUAAGGAGAAAGCGGCCGAGAGUACAGCAGUUAGAUAAUCUUAUGAUGAGAUCUUCAUCUCAGCAAGCAACUCAAAUUGAGCCUGAUGACAGAAAUGAUAAACUCAAGCUCAGAAGGAUAGGUGACACCGCAUCAAAUGUGAAUGCGGAAGGAGUUCUACCAUCAAAUUCACCCUCUAAUGCUGAGAAUAUGAUAAAGAAUAUCAAAACGCCCGACAUAUCGAACAAAAACCCAACCUUAUCGGCCAUAAGUUUGCUAGAACCAGGUGGUGCUGAACAUGUCAGUGCUAAAAAAAACCUCAUCUCAGAUGGCGGAAAGUCAAUCGAUGCUCAAUCGUCUAAUCGGAUUGAACAGAACAUGGGUAAUAUGACAGAGUUAGAUAGUAGACCACAUUCUGUUGCCAGACUUGAAACUGACCUCCAAGUUAGAUCCUCGACAAAUAUAAUUACUGCAAUAGCAGAGACAAAGCAGAAGGAAGUCAAACGCUUGCAGGAAGGAAUAAUCGAAGUUGAUCAAUCAGAAUUAACGGAAAGUGCUUUGAUUGAUUUUAAGGACGCUGCUAAAAUAAAUACGAUUCAGAUAAAGCCAAGGGUUUUGGCUUCUAUUCCAAUUAGCAACGGGAAUACUAAGUGGCUGGGUCGGAAGAACUUCAAAAAGUUUAAGAAAAAUUGGCCAUCCUACCUGAGACGCACUACCGAGGGGUUGUGCUCCGAUAACACUAGCAAUCAAAUAGGCAGAGAGUAUAUUACAAUGCGUAAAUAUGAUAGUCGAAAAGCAAAAAAACACAUAGCGGAAGAGAUGGAUGAAAUUGAUAUUUUCCCUUGUAGAUCUCACAGCAAUUCAGUUGGUGUUAUGGAUAUAGCAAUUGCGAAUACCGAACAUGAUUCAGGAUUUAGGUUCUCGAACAGGGAAUAUUCCAUUCCCACAAGGUCUCUGUUUGUGGCAGAUGAUGAUGAUGACGAAGAAAAUGAAACAUCCAAUAAUAGUGCACUAGCAAUUUACGGUCAGAAUAAUGAACAGCACUAUGAAGGUGUAGGGCCUGCUGCUGCUGUAUCAAUUAGGUCUCCUGCGACAGUUUCCACAGCAUCAUCGGUGGCUAAAUUAGGUGAUACGGAUGACGAAGAAGAUGAUACCCCACGGUUCAAUUUCAGAUCUAGAAGGGAAAUUUGA